ACGCGCGUUAUUGAUGUCUACAGCUGAUAUUACGAAUAUAUCCGAUGAACCCGUGAAUGAGUCCGCGUUCUGCGAUUAGCACGGUUCUGUAGACGUUCCCCACGUAAUUUCCAAGAAGUAGUUAGUUCUCUGACGUAUUUACCCAAGUCCACUGUGUAGUAUGAUUACAACUUUCGAAAUAGCAGAGUGAGAUUACAACAUACAAAAUUAUGGACGAUGAAAGUAGGAACACGCAAAUUCGUGCAAUAUUCUUUGACCUAGACAAUACGUUGAUCGAGACGAGGAAGGCUGAUUCUUUGGCCUGCUGCAAGCUAGCUAAACAGUUAAAGGACAAGUAUGCUAUCCCGUCAGAAGUUUGUGCUCACUACCUCAAAGAGUUCAGGAGAUGCCCUGAUAAUACGAAAAUGGACUUGGACUCCUGGAGGACGCUACUGUGGAACCAAGCCCUAGGAGAGGAGCACAACAAAUUGGCAGAUGUGGUUUACAAAAAAUGGUUAAAACUGCGUUACGACUGUCUGGCUCUGACGCACGAAGUAGAACACAUGCUUUUGAAGCUGCGCGAGAAUUAUUUUCUCUGCCUCAUCACAAACGGGCCUUCGGCAGCCCAAUGGGAAAAAGUAGAACGCCUGGGCUUAAAACAAUACUUCGACCUAAUAUUGGUAUCAGGCGACUUGCCGUGGGAAAAACCCCACCACAAAAUUUUCGAAGAGGCCUGCGAGUUUCUCGUCAUCAAACCCCAUGAGGCAAUCAUGGUUGGCGAUAAAUUACACACGGAUAUUUUGGGUGGUAUACAAGCAAAACUGGGCGGCACAGUUUGGGUACCGUUUAACAACCAAAAGUUGCAAAAAAGCGACCCAAAACCUGAUUACACCAUCAAAAAGGCCACGGAUAUGCUGGCGGUUUUGCCAGAAUCCAGUAAAAGGCCUUUCUUUAAAAACAGAAAACUAUUUUUGCCGGACAUGGAGGAUUGUAAUAGUAAUAGCAGCGAUGGCAGCUGAUACUUUAAUUUGUUUAUAUUGUUUGUGAAGGUAACGCUUUGAUCUUACAGAGUUUUUAAAAAGUAGUAUUUUAAUUUACUACAACACAUACAUGUGCAAUUCACUAUAAAAAUGAUUGUACAUAUCGCUAUUUAAAUUUAUACGUUAUGUGUAUAGUUUUAGUCAUUUUAAGUUUUACAGUAGACU